AUGGCGCAGGUGCUGCGAGAGGCCUCCACGAAGGAGCGCGAGCUGCAGAAUGCUAAGGCGCCCCUAGACGUUAGCGCGUUCCUUUCGCCUGUCGGCGUUUGGGAGCUCAAGCACAUUCGCAAACUGGCUCACCUAACCUCGCUGACCUAUUACAUGCACCUGGUCACGCCUCGAAGGCUGAUGCGGAGUCACAGGCUGGAGCUGGUGACCACGUCACAUGCCUGCGAGAUAAGGCCAUACGAGCACAAUAAAACCGCAGAGGAGGUUGGCGCUGACGGAGAUGGCAUGGCGGUUUCCGUACAUGAGGCGCGGGAGGUGUACCAGGCCCUGAAGCGGGAUGGUGGGGCUUCGGCGGCUGCGGGUGCGCUGACGGAGACCGGAUUGCGGGGUACGGGCGCAGCAGGCUCGUCCAAUAUCGUAACGCUUCCAGGGGUUGUGGCGUACCAGGUGGUGUCGGUGCCGCAGGCGGCGACGACGGCGGCGCAGCUGCCGACGAAUGGUAGCGGUCCUGCUCGGCCUAUGCCGCCGUUGCUGUCGGCGCCAGCGGCAGGGCCGGGGCAGGUAUCGACGGCGGGUCCGCAGCAGCCAUCGCAGCCGCCACCGCCGCUGGGGCCGCCGACAGCUCUGCCGCGCAUGCUGCGCACCCCUGCGGAGGUAGUGGCGGCGAAGCUGGCGGAGGCGGCACAAGCGGCGACGACUGCGGCGAGUCCGCUGGCAUCGGCUGCGGCCGAAAGCCUCUACGCGGGGCUAGCGUCUCUUCCCAUUGGAAGCGCCUUAGUGGGUGCGAACAACCGGGCAAGCAAUGCGCUUCUGUCAUCGGCAACGCCGCCGUCGUCGGGCUCAACAGCUUUCGGUGCCGCGACAUCAUCGCCUGACGGCGGCAUCACUGCAGCGCCGCUGGCAGUGGACGGUGCCGGCGGCUACGAGGGUCGUAAGGCGACGGCGGCGUCGAUUGCCGCCUUGGCCUCCGACCAGUUCCGCCAACAGACGAUCCGUGGCAUGAUGGGUUUCGGGGCGGGCCGCUCCGGCGGCGGCAGCAGCGGCAUGGCGCCGGUAACCGCUAACGGGCUGCUGACACCGGCGACGGCUACCGCGGCCGCAACGGCCCCAGCCGACGCCGCCACCGCCGCCGUCACCACUACCCCUUCCUCCUCCUCCUCCUCCCCGGUACCCCUCAACAGCGCUCCGUUCGCAUGCCCGUCUGAGUGGUUUGUGGUGGACGAGCCAGCUACCAACACACGCAUCUUCGUCAUCCAGGGCUCAGACACCUUGGACCAUUGGAAGCUCAACCUGACGUUCGACCCGGUCACUUUUGAAGACCCCUCCCUCGGCGUCAAGGUUCACCGGGGAGUGUACGAAGCAGCGCUCGUACUGUACGACCGGUUCCUACCGCUGGUGUACGAGCAUCUGGAGUCGUCACCCUUUUCCAAAAUCGCCUUCACGGGUCACUCCAUCGGCGGCAGUCUGGCCACCCUCCUAAUGAUCAUGUACCGCCACCGGGGGGUGCUGCCGCCGCACUCCAUCGGCACGGUCUACACCUUUGGAGCCCCCGCCGUGUUUUGCCAGACCCACUCGCACUCCCACGCCCAGGCCCAGGCCAGCAACCAGUCCAACGUCCACAACUACAGGGCCGGUAACGGUAACGGUAGUAGUGGUAGUGGCAGCAGUGCCGGGGGCGGAGCUGCCCUGUCGGCCGUGUCGUCUGCUCCCUGUCCACCCUCCGGCUCCAAUUCCUGGGUUUCCCCGUCCCUGUGGUCGGGCGGCUCCAUUGCUAGUGGCGGCAGCAUCAGCAGCACGAGCAGUGUUGAGGACCCUCUUUUUGCCGUCCCGCCAUCCACUACCUCCGCUGCCUCGUCGUCGUUGUCGUCGUCGUCCGGCGGCGACGUGGUUGCCGCCAACGGCGGCGGCGGCACGGCCGGCUGCGCCUGCGGUGCUGAUCUGCUGCUGGCCCGUCUCCACCUGCCACCCACCAUUGUCCGCAACAUUAUCAUGGCGCGAGAUAUCGUACCUCGUGCCUUUGCAUGUGACUACAGCCCCGUAGCCGAUAUCCUGAAAGGUUGGGGGUCAUCGUUUAAGGAGCAUUGUUGCCUGAACAGGCACGGUCGCAAACAUCUGUACUACUUCGUCGGCCGCAUGUGCAUCCUGCAGCCCGACUCGUGGCACAGCUUCACCGCCAACGACCCCGAUCACCCCAUGUUGCCCCCCGGGCCCGAGCUGUUCGCACUCACGGAUUCGAGACCCCACGCGGCGGAGCCGGCUGCGGCGGCUGCAGCAGUGCCUGCUGCGGCUGCACGACCUGCCGCUCGCAAUGUGACUGAAGCCAUAUGGGAGCUCAUGGACUGUCCGCAUCCGUUGGAGACCCUGGGGGACCCGGGGGCGUACCUGGCCAGCGGCAGUAUCUCCAGAUAUCACAACCCAGAGAACUACACAAAAGCGCUGGGCCGCAUCACUCACUUGAAAAGACGAGCGGAACGAAGACCCGAGCGUAAAUUGGCGCGGGUGGCCAUGGCGGCGGCUACAAAGGCACCAGAGGCGAAGGUGGAGGUGGGGUCCGUCCCGUGGGACAGUAGCGAUGGGUUGGACCAGGACUUGCAUGUCGUGGCACCGGCCUUGUUGACGGAGGACGUUCAUGCGUGUCGCUGA